CCUUAAGGUUUUGGCCAACACAAAAUCAGGAGAAUUGCGCUAUUGCAUGUAUAAUCAUGUAUAUACUGUGCUAAAAGCAUGCUUUCCGAAUCUAUUCAAAGUGGCCGUCGGUUAACAAAUUAGGUGAGCAAACGUUAAGUGUCGUGUAAAAAUUUAUGAAAGCCAAAUAUUAAAAUAAUGAGGAAAUAUUAUAAGCAACGUCUAACACCAAAACAUCAAGACUCCCAGCAUUUAUUAUUCUCAGUGUUCACAGCAAACGAUAUAAGGAAUUUAAGUGUAACGAAAAUCAGGACACCUCUAUCUUUUAACAUUCUUGGACAUCCACUAAAGGGUGGAUUAUAUGAUCCAUCCUUAGGCACAACAAAGAAUAAUUUCGAACUAUGUAGCACGUGUGGAUAUAAUAGCUCCAAGUGUCCAGGUCACUUUGGACACAUAGAAUUGCCAGUAUCUGUUGUCAAUCCAUUAUUUCACAAAGGAUUAUCCACAUUGUUCAAAUUGUCGUGCUUCAGUUGUUUUACUUUUCAAUUACCAUCAUAUAUGAAGACGUUAUUGUCUGCAAGAUUAAAGUUGCUUUAUCAAGGACAACUUGCUGAUCUUGAAACUUUAGAUCAAGAAAUAAAUUAUGUAAAAUCGAAUGUUCAAAAAAUAGAAGAACAAACGGAGUAUAUUUGUGAUGUAAUCGAUAUUUACAUGCAAAACUUUUCCAAUAGAACCAGAUUUGGUCAGCCUGUGACUGAGAAUCAUGAGUAUAAAAGCAACAUAAAGAAUGUUAAUACACAGUGGCAUACCUAUGUUGAAUAUAUACUUAAACAAUAUGUCAGGAACAAAGCUGGAAUAUGCAUUAAUUGUAACAAUGUUCUACCGAAAAUUACAACAUUGCAAAAUAAAAUAAUGAUAAGCAAUAAAGGAGCCCCUAAGGAAAUAUUGUCGCAUGAAGUGAUUCAUAAACUGGAUACAGUGAUGAUUAUGCCAGAUCAGUCUAAGGAAUACAUGCGACGAUUAUGGAAUAAUGAAAGGAAUUUUCUUCAGAUAAUUAUACCCUGCUUAGAAUUAGUUGAUAUUGAAUAUCCAACUGAUAUAUUCUUUUUCGAAGUAGUACCUGUGCUACCACCCAUUGUGCGACCAGUAAAUUUUAUUAAUGGCCAAAUGAUCGAACAUCCUCAAACUCAUAUCUAUAAAAGUAUUAUACAGGAUUGUUUGGUCUUAAGAAAUAUUAUACAAACGAUUCAAGAUGGAGGUACCGAUCACUUACCUCAGGAGGGUCGACUUGUCUUUGAACAAAUAAAAGGACAUACAGCGGUCGAAAAAUUACACAAUGCCUGGCAAACAUUGCAAAGCAAUGUUGAUCAUCUGAUGGAUCGUGACAUAAAUAGGACUCCGGAAUCUAUCAAUGGUCUAGGCUUGAAACAAAUUCUCGAGAAAAAAGAAGGUAUUAUUAGAAUGCACAUGAUGGGUAAAAGAGUGAAUUUUGCCGCGCGUUCGGUCAUCACUCCAGGUCCUGACUUGAAUAGAGUGACACCAUGGAACGUCGUUGAAUUGCGACGAUUAGUUUUAAACGGACCCGAUGUUCAUCCUGGGGCGGUUAUAAUAGAAAAUGAAGAUGGAUCAAUACAAGCCAUUAGUAGUAACGAUUCUAUGCAAAGAGAAGCUAUUGCAAAACGUCUUUUAACCACAAGCGACAGAACUAACGAAUCCUUCAGUGGCAUUAAAAUAGUACAUCGACAUCUUCAAAACGGCGAUGUAUUGUUAUUAAAUAGGCAACCGACGUUACAUAAACCGAGUAUAAUGGCUCAUAAGGCACGUGUUCUCAAAGGAGAAAAAACAUUGCAUCUUCAUUAUGCAAACUGUAAGGCAUAUAAUGCAGAUUACGAUGGAGAUGAACUCAACGCUCAUUUUCCACAAAACGAACUAGCUAGAAGUGAAAGUUAUAAUAUAGCUAAUGUAAGUAAUCAAUAUCUCGUACCAAAAGACGGAACUCCGUUAAGUGGUCUUAUACAAGAUUACAUGAUAUCCGGGGUACAAUUAACGACCAGGGGUCGAUUUUUCUCGCGAACUCAUUAUACGCAAUUAAUUUAUGCCGCACUCUCGAUGAUACAAGGAGAUAUAAUCCUCUCACCACCAACUAUUAUCAAACCAAAACCUCUAUGGUCGGGUAAACAAAUUAUUUCAACCAUUAUAAUUAAUAUUAUUCCUUCGCACAAGGCACGAAUUAAUCUAAUCUCUAAUACAAAAAUUAAUGUAAAAGAAUGGCAAGUAGAAUCACCACGACAUUGGAAAUAUGGAACAGAAUUUAAAAAUCCAAUGACUAUGUCGGAAGCUGAAGUUGUAAUUCGGCACGGAGAACUACUAUGUGGGGUACUUGAUAAAACGCACUGUGGUGCGACUUCUUACGGUCUUAUUCAUUGUAUUUAUGAGUUAUAUGGGGAAACGUACGCGAGUAAAAUGUUAAGCGCAUUUGCCAAAUUGUUCCAAACGUUUCUGCAGUACAAUGGAUUUACUCUGGGCGUUGAAGACAUUCUGAUAAAUCGUAGAAUCGACAAAAAACGUAAAGAAAUAAUUUCUAAUUGUCGGAAAGUUGGAGAAGAUAUACAAAAAUCUGUCGUAAAAAUACCUGAUAAUAUAUUUAUGGAUGAACUUAAAAACAAGAUAGAAGAAUCUUAUUGGGAUAAUCCGAAAUUUCGCGCACAAGUCGAUCAUAAGUACAAGAGCGUGUUAGAUGUUUACACUAACGAUAUUAACAAAACGUGUCUGCAGAUAGGACUCUUCAAAAAAUUUCCAAAUAAUAACUUACAGCUUAUGGUGCAAUCUGGUGCAAAAGGAUCCAUGGUUAAUACUAUGCAAAUAUCGUGUUUGCUUGGCCAAAGCGAAUUGGAAGGUAAAAGGCCGCCAUUAAUGAUCAGUGGGAAAAGUUUAUUAAGUUUCCCAGCGUAUGAUCCGACACCUAGAGCCGGUGGUUUCAUCGAUAGUAGAUUUAUGACUGGUAUUAAAUCUCAGGAAUGUUUUUUCCAUUGCAUGGCAGGACGCGAAGGUCUUGUUGAUACUGCGGUAAAAACUAGUAGAUCUGGUUACUUACAGAGAUGUCUUGUGAAACAUCUAGAAGGAUUGGUUGUCGGUUACGAUGCGACAGUCAGAGACUAUGAUGGUAGUUUAAUUCAAUUUUAUUAUGGAGAGGAUGGCCUUGAUAUACCAGGUUCGCGAUUCUUAAGAAAAGAACAAAUCGCAUUUCUGGUCGACAAUAAAGACGCUAUUAUAGACGCAAAAUUAUUGGAAUAUCUAAAAACAGAUAAUAAAGAGAUUGUAAAAAUGAUGAAAAAGAUCAAAAAAUGGGAAAAUAAAAAUGGCUCUUCUUUACAAAAGAAAAGAAUUAGCGAAUUUACUAAAUUCUCUAUUGAGAAUCAAAAUAAUAGUUUGAAAAGAAGAAGCAUCGAUAGCCAUAGUGGAAGGAGUAAGGCCACAUUAUCACUUAUACGAAAGUGGAUAAGAGCGACGGAAGAAGUGAAAGAGACAUUUCGUGCACAAUAUGCUAAAUGUCCUGAUCCAGUAACAUCAAAAUACAGGCAAGAUGUUGAAUUCGGUGUAUUACCAGAACGAAUAGAAGGCUUAAUAGACGAAUAUCUUUCUCGUUCUUCGAAGAUUAAAAAAUCUAAUUUAAGAGAUUUGUUAUCCAUCAAAGUUAUAAAAACCAUUUGUCCACCUGGUGAACCGGUUGGUUUGUUAGCGGCGCAAUCUAUAGGCGAACCAUCCACUCAAAUGACCUUGAAUACAUUUCAUUUUGCUGGACGUGGUGACAUGAAUGUGACUCUAGGUAUUCCUAGAUUACGUGAGAUCUUAAUGUUGGCGACGAAAAAUAUAAAAACUCCAAGUAUGGAAAUACCCUUUCAAAACAAUCUGCAAAAUCUUGAAAAGCAAGCAAAGAAGCUGAGAUUAAAAUUAACAAAAUGUGUCCUGCGUGAUGUAUUGAAGGAUAUCACGAUAAGUAGGAGAAUGGAAGAGGAUUCGCAUAGAAAAUUAGUGCACACUAUAACGAUCGAAUAUCUUCCCUACAAAUCUUAUAAAGGGGAGUUUUCCAUUCGCCCACAGGAUGUGAUUAAGCGCACUGAAAAAAUCUUUUUUAUGAAUAUAUUUAAAGAAAUCCAAAAACUCACCAAAGCAAGCAAAGUUUUAUUACAUUUCGAAGGAGAAAAAAGACGGGCAAGCGACGAGGAUGAAAUAAUAGAUCAACUUGAUCCUGACGGCACAAUGCCGGAAAAUACUGAAAGAAGAAUAAAGAUGGAUUUAGGAGAGAUGCAUGAAUCAUCUGAUGAGGAAGAAGUUGCAGAGGAUGCUGAUGCGACAAUGAGUAGAUCAUUAUCGCGUCAUCAAGAAAAUCAAGAAUAUGAAGAUUCAGAAGAAGAAGAAGAAGAAGUGGAAGAUGUUAUAAAUGAUAAGGAGGAAGAAGCAAAUAAUAAUAAUAAUGCAAAUAAAAACUCAGAAAACAAGGAAGAUAAUGAAGAGAAUGAUGACUAUACUAGAGAGAGAUUAAAUAACAAGAAAAAUGACACAUAUUCUUACAGAAAAAAAUGCAUCAUAGAUAUGUAUAAGCAUGUUACCGAUUAUGAUUAUGACGAAAGUAAAUUAUCAUGGUGCAAAUUCACAUUUUGGUUACCGCUUGAAAUGAUCAAAUUAGAUUUGCCGACAAUAAUUAGAAAUGCUGCAGAAAAAACUGUUUUAUGGGAAACACCGUAUAUUAAGAAAGCUUUUACUUUCCAAAAUAGUGAAAAUGAAACAAUUCUCAAAACAGAUGGUUUAAAUAUAGUAGAAAUGUUCAAGUAUGAUAAUAUACUUAAUUUAAAUAGGUUAUACUCCAAUGAUAUUCACAAUAUUUCUCAAACAUAUGGAAUUGAAGCUGCGAAUAAAGUUAUUGUGAGAGAAGUUAGAGACGUCUUCAAGAUGUAUGGUAUUACUGUAGAUUUUAGGCAUCUAGCCUUAAUUGCCGAUUAUAUGACGUUUGAUGGGACAUUUCAACCACUUAGUCGGAAAGGAAUGGAAAAUUCCGCUUCACCAUUACAGCAAAUAAGUUUUGAAAGCUCGCUAGCUUUUUUGAAAAGUGCGACAUUGCAAGGAAAAAAGGAUGAUAUAUCAUCACCGUCAAGUAGACUGAUGUUAGGACAACCAUGCAAAUCUGGUACUGGAGCAUUCUCUGUAUUACCAUCGUUAUAUAUGUAAAAAUAAACAAUACAUUCUCUAUUGACACAUAAUUAUAUUUUAUAUGUUUAGAAGUUUAUUACAUUUUUUCACAAAACGAAAUUGAUAGAUAUAAUAAAAUGUUUCUAUUUUAUGAAAAAAAUCAGCUUUUUCUAUUUUUCUCGAUGUGCACAAUGCAAAAUCCGCGCUUUUUGUAUAUACGCACUUGUCAUAUACAUAAAUAGCUGUUCAAUAUUAUGUCUAAAAUAGUGCUAUAAUUCAGAUAUAUUUGCGAAUUUAUUAUUCAUAUAUUAUUUUUGU